AUGACAAGUGAUACAAUAUUUAAUAAUCAAGACGAAAUAAAUCGUCAGUCAAAAGCAGGACAUUUUGAUAUUGCACAGUUGGAAGAUGAUGAAGAUCAUCCAAUGAUUUUAUCUCCUUCAAGUUCAACUGAUGAUCAUUCAUCUCCAUCAACAACAACUGAUUACCAUCCAUCUCCACCAACAACAACUAAAGUUGAAACAUUUGAUGAUAAAUCAUUCAGUAAAUUAUAUGAUGAUUGGUUAGAAAUAGAUGCUGAACUACGUUUAUUUGAACCAAAACAUAAAGAAUAUGUUGUAAAAUUAGAUGAAGUUGAAUCGUUAAAAACAAAAUAUCGAAUGGAAUAUGAUAAAUAUAAGAAAAAACUUGAUCAAUUACAAGAAGAUAUAAAAGAAUUGAAAAAGACUUACUCUAAAAAAGAUGAAAUAACAAAAAAGAACGUUUCAAAUUCAAGUCCAACGAAUUUAAAAAAUUCUCAAUCAACUACAAAUCUCGAAAGAAGAAAAUCUUCAUUGUCAAUACCUUUGACAACAACACCACGUCCAUUAACAUCAAUUAAUUCUUCUCCAUCAUUAGAUAAAAUUGUUAAUACAUUAUCUACUCUUGAACGUCUUAAUCUCAUAUCAGAUCAAGUUCAGGCAAAUUCAUUAUAUUUAUCUCGUGUUGCUGAUACAUUACCACGUAAAGAUCCCUAUUUAAAGGUUAUUCUUGGCGGUGUUGAUGUAUCAAUAUUAAAUAAAGCCGAUAAAUGGACAUAUAAACAAGAAUAUGAAAAAUUUAAAUUUAUUGUUACAUGUAUUUCAUUAGUAUCUUCACUUGUCAUUUGGUCAUUAACAUCACGUUAUCGUGCAUUUGAUGCAUUAUUUCAUUUUUUAUUGGUUUGGUAUUAUUGUACGUUGACAAUACGAGAAUCAAUUUUAGUUGUCAAUGGAUCACAUAUUAAUCCUUGGUGGCGAGCUCAUCAUUUUGUAUCAACAGUUGCUACAGCUAUUUUAUUAACAUGGCCAGAGUCUGCAUCUUAUCAUACUUUUCGUACGCAAUUCUUUGUCUUUUCGUUUUACUUAAGUUUUGUUCAAGUUCUUCAGUUUUAUUAUCAACGUGGUUGUCUAUAUCGAUUGCGAGCAUUGGGUGAAACACAUGAUAUGGAAAUAACUAUCGAAGGUUUUCAUCGAUGGAUGUUUCGUGGUCUAUCAUUUUUGGUUCCAUUUCUUCUUGUCGGCUAUUUAUUUCAAUUAUAUAAUGCAUAUACAUUAUGGGAAUUAGCACAUGUAUCAAGUACACAUGAAUGGCAAGUAAUGGUAUUAGCAAUAAUAUUUUUUCUGCUUUUUUUGGGCAAUAUAUUAACAACAUUAAGUGUUUUACGUGAAAAAUUACGUGAAAAACCUCCACCAACAUUAUUAAAAGAAAAAUAUCAAAGUUUAAAAACAUUUUUAUCAACAAAUUAUCAUCGACGAACACGAUCAAUUCAUCAAUAUGGACAUCGAGAGGACAGACAACGACUAAAUAAAGACAAUAACACUAAAAUAACAUCGAAGGAAGACUAA